GGAACAUUAGAUUAUUUUAGUUCCUUUAAAUAUGAAAAUUACUUACAAACGUUAAAAAAAUUAUUAAAAAAACCUGAUAAACCAUUAGAACAAAUUAUUCGCAGAUACAUUGAAUAUGAACAAAAUAAGCUCAACAAAACACAAGAAUCUGAAAUAACAUGUUCUCAUUUUUUGGUAGAUCUCAAAUCUACUCAUACAAAAGGUCCUUUAAUAGAAGAUUGCUAUAAUCCUCAAUACCAAAUAAUGAGAUGCUUAAAUACAACAAUACGCAUUGAUACAUUGGCAGAUAAUUGUUGUGGUUUAAGAGAUGGGAAAAUUAUUGAAGUAAAAAAUAUUGCUUACUGUAAAGAGCUUAAUACAAAUGUCAUUAUAGGCCAUGAAUUCUGUCAUAGAAAAGAUUUGUAUGAUAUUCCUUGUCCUUCGUCUCUUAUAGGAAUAUUUAUUGUAGAGAACUUAUCAGAAUUAAAGAUGUGGCCAAUAGAAAAUGUUAAAACAAAAUAUGUUAAACUACCAUUAAUAAAAGAUAAUAAGUUUGCAGUCUUCCCAUUGCUGCAUCAAUAAUUUCAAAUAUGUUUGAAGGAUAAAUAUAGUAAAGAAUUUCAUCAUGGAAGAAUUAUACUCUAUUGUCGAGUUUGAAGAUGGUUUACAAAUGAUUCCUACCUCCUGGUUAAUAAAAGAUAAAAAUAGUGCUCAUUGGCCACAAUUUACUUCGCAUGCGAGAUUUAUAAAAGCUGUGAAAAAAAAGAUUUUACCUCAGGAUAAUUGGCCUACAUAUAAUAUAAAAAGGAUAUUAGCUACUGCAAACACAUAUGAGAAAAGAUUACUAAAAUUAAAGAAAGCAGAAUUUAUAUCAGACAUAAAUUCAGAGAGCGGUGGCUCUGAAGAGUUAAAAAAAUCUCGAAAGAAUAGGGCCAAGAAAGUAAUAUCAAGUAGCGAUGAUAAUGCUACUGAUGACGAAAGGAUUCAGUUAUCACCCUACCCUAAAAUUCCACAAAAAGAUGCACGUGAUACAAAAAUAAGUACAUUUUGUGAUAAAUCGAAGCAAUUAGGAAAUAUCUGUUGACAAAGAAAAAAAAU